UCAGGCCUCCUCCUCUAAACAAUGCAAGUGAAUGUCCUCCAUUUUUGACGGUCCAAAAUGCAUAUUCAGGGUGCAUCAAAAUAAUCCACACGAAUCCAGUCGACAAAUAAAGUUCUUCUGAACGCAAACGAUUGAUCAUUUUGAGAAACAAAACAAUACUUAUAUACUUUUUUAACUACAAAUGUUCGCUUCUGUACAUCUCUGUGACGUGCGCUCAUGAGAGGGAUGACGUAAGCUCGUUGGUAGGGUCACGUGGAGGAGGAGGAGACAGGCGUCAUUGAUUAUUCUGAUGCACCCUAAAUUUGUAUUUUUGACCGUCAAAAAAUGGAGGACAUUCACUUGCAUUGUUUAGAGGAGGAGGCCUGAAAUGAAAUCCUAAAAGUCUUAAAUUCUGUUUUGAUAAAGAAAGAAACUCAGAUACAUCUUGGAUGGCUUGAGGACGCAAGAUGAGUUCCAAUAAUCAUGAUGAAACCUCAUCAGAUGUGGACGCUGUUUCUGAUGGGGUGACACCCACACAUUUAUUAAAAAUGAAAGCAAUAAUGGAAAACCAGUGUUUUGAGAUGAAUGUCAAAGUCAGCAUGGGAAAACACAAAGGGUCAUGUGAAGCUGAUGCAGAUCUAUCCAAAUAUGAAAGUGAAAUAGAGCAGGCAAGGCUCUCGCACUUCAACAAAACCCUUGUAUUGAACAGAAUGCAGAUUUGGAAUGCCAUCAUUGAGAAGAUCAUUCAGAAUGAUGCAGAUGCUGAGCCAUUUAAGACACUGACCAACCAGAACACAGAGCUCUGUGAAAAGACCAUGGCAAUUUUAAAGGAAACACGAGAGCUUCAAGACCAGAUCACAGAUCUCCAAAAGGAAAGACUUGAUCUAAAAGGACAGAUAAAGAAGAAAAUGCAGGAGAUAAAUGAGUUGAAACAGGUCAAGGAAAAUCAGGGAGAGGUUCAGCAGAGGGCUAAGGAAAGAGCUGAAGCAGUCCUACAGAAAUAUCAGAAGGUCACAACCAUUUUACAAAAUGUGCUCCGGGGAAUUAUACUUGCCAGUAAAGUGAACUGGAGAGAUGAUCCUAAAUUAAGAGACAUUGCAAUGGGACUGGAGAACAUACCCAACUGAAGAGGGCCUAUUUGAACACUGGUCUCCCACCACUAAAUACUGUUAAUAAAAUAUGUAGUUGC